UGGUCGAUAAACUCCGCAUGAUCUAAACAUUAUUGUUCCAAUUAUGCGACCCAGAACAACUUUUGCCCUCAUCUUCAGUCAGUUGCUUGCUGCGUAGCGAUAAUUAAUUCAUAUUCCGUUUGAACGACGGAUGAGCAUCAUGUUAAUUGCUGCUGGAUUUAUACUGGUUUGCCGUGCUGCUGGAUUAAUCAGGGCGCGCAGCACGUUCUAAAGUGUUUUUGCGACAUGGAGUCGGAUCGAUAAUGAUUUUAGUUGGGCUGUAAUACUGACCGCACUAAAGGUAAAAGUCUUCGUUGGAGUGGAUCCUGAGAGCCUGAAUGUCUGUGCAGUAACCGCAGGGAUUAAACGCGAGUGGAAUCAAAAGCGCGCGGCUGAUAUGGGUUCUGUUAUUUGUGACAAGAGAUUAGCGGGCCUCCUCCUCCUUCAAGCCUCCUCCCUCCUGCUGUUCAGUUCUGGGGAAAGGAUGUGCCCCUAUAGCUGUCGUUGCGAGGGAAAGAUUGUCCAUUGUGAGUCAGCUAGCCUCCAGGAGGUCCCUGAAAAUAUUUCAGUUAGUUGUCAAGGUCUGUCCCUUCGCUACAAUGACCUGCACACAAUGCUCCCUUACCAAUUUGCCCAUCUUAACCAGUUACUGUGGCUGUACCUGGACCACAAUCAAAUCAUGUUUGUGGAUAGUCGUGCUUUUCAAGGGGUGCGGCGAUUGAAGGAGUUGAUCUUGAGCUCCAAUAGGAUUUCACAGCUCCAUAAUGUCACUUUUCACGGAGUACCUAACCUACGCAGUCUCGAUCUCUCCUACAACAAGUUGCAGGAGCUGCAGCCAGGCCAGUUUUUUGGUCUUCGAAAACUGCAGAAUCUGCACUUGCGCUCCAACGGGCUGAUGACAAUUCCUGUCCGGGCGUUUCUAGAGUGCAGAAGCUUGGAGUUUCUAGACUUGGGUUAUAAUCGGCUUCGGGUUCUUACUCGUACGGCAUUCCUGGGUUUGUCUCGACUUAUGGAGCUCCACCUGGAGCAUAAUCAGUUUUCACGAAUCAACUUCUUUCUUUUUCCUCGCCUUGCUAACCUUCGUGCCCUGUAUCUACAAUGGAACCGUAUUCGAGCUAUCAACCAAGGCCUUCCGUGGAGCUGGUAUACCUUGCAAAAGCUUGAUAUCUCUGGCAAUGAGAUACAAGUUCUAGAUCCUGUAGUAUUUCAAUGCCUUCCCAAUCUUCAGGUUCUCAACUUAGAGUCUAACAAACUGGCCAAUGUGUCUCAGGAGGUUGUGGCUGCCUGGAUCUCCCUAACAGCCAUUAGCCUUGCAGGCAACAUGUGGGAUUGUGGACCAGCCAUUUGUCCUCUUGUUGUCUGGCUCAAGAAUUUUAGAGGCACCAAGGACACUAGUAUAAUCUGCAGCAGUCCUAAGCACCUUCAAGGGGAGAAGGUCAUGGAGGCUUCAAAGAGCUACAUUGACUGUGAUGAUUAUGAAAUUACUGCUCAAUCACCUUUGUAUCUGCAGACCUUUGAUCCAAAUUUUGAUCUUACCCCUGAACCAACAAUGGCUCCUACAACAUCGCCUCCACCCCUGCCUUCACCUGCCUCUGAGGCGCCUUUUCCGCCUCCCCAUCCUCGACCGCCUCAACGUCCCACCUUCCCCAGCCGUGAAAACCCAGAUCCCAGAGACUCCCGUCAAUGGACACCCUCAUCAUCCGACAGCUUAGGAGUGACACCAGCUCCUGAGCAAGACAAUGUGUCAUUUCACAAGGUGGUGAUGGGUGGGGUGGCACUGUUCCUCUCAGUGUCCCUUGUCUUGUCGGUAAUUUAUGUCUCCUGGAAACGUUACCCCGGUGCCACCCGACUGCUGCAGGAGAGUACAGUGGGCCGAAAGCGGAGGAAAAAGAGUCAGGAGCCAGAACAGAACCUGAGCUCCCAGCUCCAGGAAUAUUACAUGAGCUACAAUCCUGCAGCCACGCCGGAAGCCUUGGAGGUGCUGGGUAAUGGGACAGGUACCUGCACCUGCACCAUAUCCGGCUCCCGGGAAUGUGAGAAUGAAUACACAUGUCCCAGACCGUUACCUGGAGCUUGGAUUGGAGACAUACCCACCAUACACUGAAGGGACUGUUUUGUUCACCAAAAUAAUCCACCGGCGGAGGAUUUGUGCCUACCUGCAUUUCAUCAGUCGCAUCAAGCUUUGUUCUCAUGAUACCACUCAUGCUUUCAGUGCUUCUUUAAUGGAUUGUGGUCAGUCAGACUCGGCUAACGGACAUCUGAGAGACAGUGGGAACAGAUGCCUCAGAUGCAUAUUUUACUAAAACACAUUUGGAUGCCUCACUUUGUACUUUAAUGCGCCUGGAUAAAUGCUUCAGGUUUAUUUGGGAAGCCUUCAGUGAAACAUACCAAUGAAAGUUAUCCAGCCUUUGACGAAUCGUCCAGCGUUAUUUGACGUUUGUGUGGACCUAUACAUAAACUAUAAACUUUGUCAAUAUACCCUCGAAUUUAAAACCGGA